AUGAUGCUAAUGCACCCGGCCAUGUUCAGCUUCAGCUACCCCAACGGCGAACCUCAAACCCCAACAAGGACUCCCACCACGGCCGCCUUUGACUCCUUCACCACCCCGAAACUCGAAUCUAGUUUCUUUGAUCCGCGCGUCACCUGGGAUACCGCCGACCCGUAUGCCUCCAGCCCGGAGUUCCUCCGCUCGCCGCACAAGUUCGGCCUCAACACCCCAUCCAACCCGUUGAGGGCCGACGCCGCCGAUACCAAGGAUGGAAGGGGGUCGGAGCAAACCGAUACCGCCAGGAGAAUUCGGCCGAUGAAACCGUUGCCGACGGUGAGCGAAGAUGGACCCCGGACGGUGGAUUCAGCCAAAUCUGCAGCUUCAAUGCAAACGCCGCCGCCGACCAGUGCCUCUAGACGGAAGAUCCCCGACUUUGAAUCAAUGGGCAGUGUUGGCCGAGGUACGACACCGCGGGGAGGCAAUCAUCUCGAGACCCCAAGUCGUCUGCUGGGGUCAUCCCCUCGAUUGUUCGGCCAUUUGCAGUCUUCCCCGGACCUUUUCCAGCUGGCCUCAUUGGAUCAGACGGGAUCUCCCUUCUUUCCACAACAGCGGCUGUUCUGGGAUCAAGACCAGGAGACGGCGGUCAAUGGUGUUCCAGUGUCAGGUCCUGGUCGAAGCAAUGGUCAUGCCGACAGACUACCUACCCACUCCUCGAUCAACAUGAAUAUACCACAACUGCCCACCAUUGAUGGCUCAAUGGAUCUACCAGACUUUACCAGCAGUGGAUUUGGAAUCUCCGCCGCUCCUCCUACCGAUGCGGCCCUGUUUCCUGCUCCCUUUUCGACCUCUCCCCGCGUCCCCGUCACCAAAGCCGAAGACCCGGCUUUGUUUUUGAGCUCCCCGGCUCGACGCUUUGGGGGGCCUCCGAUGACGCCCGAGAGGAGGCCUCUCCAUGGGAUGAGACAGCCCUAUCAUCACCAAAUCGAAGAGUCAAAACGAGAAGAGCUUCGUCGUGCCUACGGUCAUGAAGUACAGCGCCCCGGUUCGUUUUCAAGUUUCUCCGGUGAUGAUGAAGAUAAUGAUUUCACACCACGAGGUGGUCGACCGGGACUCACUCGUAGUGUAACUCAUACUGCGAUCACGAGCUCUUCUCAUCGGCCGCUCAGUCGAUCUAGCGGCAUCAUGGCGUCCACGGGUGGAAUCCGCAAAAGUCCUUCCAAAGGUCGCGCAUCCCCUGUCAAAGGGAUGCGACCUGCUCCCUUGGGACGGUCCAAUUCAGUUGCAACGGGCUUGCCAACUCGCUCGCGGUCAGUGGUGCUGAAAAUUGGCAAGGAUGGCCGGGCCAAGGCCGAACCGCUGCCUGCCGACGCGGGUCCGUCGGGGUUGACGGAUCCCCUGACGGGCAUGGACCUUGAUGGUUCUGCCACCGAGAGUGAAGUCGACCCUGCGGAGUUCUCGGACUAUCCCGUUCUGCCUCGUCCUCGGUCCUCAUUUGGCCUGUUUGACGGCGGCCCGCCCCCGUUCUCCCGGAGUGAUUCUGGCUCCCGACCUCCGUCCAAAGGAUCAUAUGCUUCCACCGUUGACUCGUCCCACUCCGGGCGUAUGUCCCCCUGGGCUGGCUCCUCUCGGGGCGUCUCCAGCCGAUCCACCCAUCGCGGCUCUCCGGAGGCUGUGAAGCGGACACCCAGCAAGCGGCAUUCGUCCCUACUUCACUCGGACGCCACCUAUACCCGGGGCAGUGUUGCAUCGCAAACAUUACCUGGUGAGGAGGAUGACAGUGGCGAUGCCACCCAUGCACUUCGGCAGGUGCUCAAAGAGCGCGGUCGGGGCCCUAGACCUUCCACUGGUGGCUAUGGGGCUCGUCUUCCCCGGUCUGCGACUUUCGCCCACCUGCGAUCAUCCCCUCCUCGACUCCAUAGCGAUUUUGAUAUCCCCCCGCAUCACUCUCAUAACUCUCCCACCACCUUGACCGACCCCGACCUAGCCACCCCCAGCACUGACCGCCAUAGCAAUCCUAGCAACGGCACGCGUUGUGUUUGCAAUUCGAUGGACAAUGGCGGCCAUCUCAUGAUCCAAUGCGAAUCUUGUACUCACUGGCUCCAUACGAAAUGUGUCGGGCUCGAGCGCUCGAACCUGCCUUCAUUCUAUAUCUGCAUAUUUUGCGCCCAAAGCCCCUCUCGCGUCCGGUCGGGCUACGGAGCUGGCGGUGGCCCUCCUUCACCGUUGGCGCAUAAAUCCUUUCGGCUCCGGUAG